AUGCUCACUUUGCCCACACCUCUGCUAAGCAAAAGAAGUAUCAGACAGCACCGCCGUUCACUUCAUGGGACGAACCCCUCCACAUUGUCCCUCAACAACCUUGAGCAACAUCUGAAGUUGGCCUCAAAGGUCACAUUCCCGGACUGGCUGUUGCUGAAAGUCCUGACCAUCAAAGAAUACCAAAAUCCAACCCCAACCAACCUUUUUGGCGAGGAAAUCGGGGCCCUCCUUGAAAAGGAAUGCCGUUUGCAUCUGCAAAGUGAACCUUGGUGGCCAGCACUUGAGUCCAAGAGCAAACACUCUGCUGCCUGGGAUUUGAUGAGUCCAUGGAAGAAGCUCCAGCUUGACAUUCAGCAACGGGCGGAUAUUCGGCUCAACGAGCCUUCAACAAAUGACCUGGACGACGCUUUUGACGAAAUCGACAUCGAUCCCACCAAGGUCUACAUCGAGCCCGCCGAGAGCUCGAGUGGUGAAUUGAGGAUUCGUAACGACAGUCGCGUCCCGAGCCGCCGCUCACCAGAUGAGACCAUGGUAAACGCAGCGCUUGUGUCCCUGUUACAGGGAAUCACCGACUCUCACCCCGAUGUUGAUGGCAAAUUCGACUGGACAAUCAUUCACCGAAAGUUUGAAGUUUCCCAGCUCCGACACAACGGUAACAAGGAGGAACGCAAAAAGAUCAUGACGGCAAAGGUGGAUGGCUUUCUCCAUGUCACCGAACCCGACAAACUCGAAGAGCAUUGCGAUGCCUUGUGUAUCCUCGAGACGAAGCCCGCCCGCCGGAGCGCGCAGCCCAUUGCUGUUGCAAUGCAGGAGGCUGGCAAGAUGGCAGCUUGGAUUUCAACCGAACAUGAGCUUGGUUUGCUACCAAGCUUCCAAUCGGACGCCCCGGGCAAAGUAAAACGGAGGUUCCUUAUCUCGCAGUAUUUAGACGAAAUCUGCAUCACUGUUGCAGAAUAUGACGACGAAUACAUUCGUUACAUCGCGAAUAAGUCACACUCAGAAAGCUCGGCCAGAACGAGGCACGACAAUCAGCGGGGCCAGAAAAGGCAGAGGGGCCAAUGGGAGAUGCGGGAGACGCGGGGACAAGGAGAGGAAGACGAGGAGAGUGACCAGGAGCGGGAGAAGCAGCAGAAGCUGGAGGAGGAUGAGGUGGAAAGUCUGAAUGAUGAGCGCGACCCCUAG